AUGCCGGACUGGACGUGGCUGGUGUUCGCAGCGGUGUUCGGAGCGGUUUCUGCCCUCUCCGUUCCUCUCGUACUCCUCAUCUACUUCGUGCGCCCUUUCGAGAAGAAAACACAGACCACAGAAGAUUAUAGUCUACCUGUCACAUUACCACCGGAGGUCCUGAAUGAACUUACAAGAGGGUUGGGAAGUUCUCCAGAAGGUGCUCUGAACACGAUGCUGCAGUUCAUCUUUCAACAAAGCACGGCUGAUACGCGUUGGUUGCGCAGGCGGAUGGCCACUGAACUAGCUGAGCUGCUAGCCAAAACAUCUUCUGGAAAGAUCUUUGAAUCUUUGACGCUUCGCUCCCUAGAAGUGGGCACGGAGUUCCCCAGCAUCACGAACCUUAGGCUACAGUCUGGUGAGCUGGAAGAAGAUGGGGCGCGACUCAGGGCUUUGGACCUGAAGUUCGACCUAGCGUAUGACGGCAACUUCAGAAUCGACGUCGAUGCCGUUAUGUUACUUGGGAAAAUCGCAAACAUAUCUAUUACUGUGGAAAGCAUAAGCGGCAACGUGAGAGUGAUGUUCCGACGCAAUCCAUACACUCAUUGGGCUAUAGCCUUCGAGUCACCACCGAAACUUGAGCUCCGAGUCCGAGGCAGGUUUCAGGGCAGACAGAUCAAGCCUAGACUGGCUUCAUUAGUCGCUGCGCACAUAAGACGAGCGGUAGCACAGAGGCAUACGUUGCCCAAUUAUAAAAUACGUUAUAAACCGUUCUUCCCGAAGUCAGAUCCUGGCAGUACGGAAGGAGACGAGGGCCCAUGUCCACAUGGUCGGUUGACAGUGCGGUUGAUGGAAGUAACCAGGUUGCAAUGGUCUGGUGGACCCGCUACUGUUCGCGCAGCCUUAGCUGUUGAUUCUCAUGGAUGGGUGUCACUUCGUCGCGGCGUCCUCGUCCUAGACGUGGUGUUGCCAGCCGUAGCGGGCCCGCUAGGUCUAGUGUGUUGCCAGGGUGUGGGCGCCGUGUUAGUAGACACGGUGGUGCCAAUGUCACCUGCGUACCGCGCUGACUUACGUCGGGAUGAUGUCGUACUAGCUAUUGAUAACAAGCCUGUUAAUAAUGUGGCUCAGGUGGGCAAACUCCUCCGUCUAGUAGAACGCAGAGCGGUAACAGUGCGAGUGAAACGAGGCGGUAACGGCGCAGGAGUGCGGCGUGACGAGGCGAACGAACCGAAGCGAAUCAAGCCAAACUUCUCAUUUAGAAGAGUUUCGGAAGUCAUGGAGGGAGUCAGGCUGCAGGGCAUGAGGGCUGCAGCUUCUAAGAGUAAUUUACAGGAACCGGAAUCCAGCCCAGCAAAAACAGUAGAACCACAAAACGAGACUGAUGCACAAGCCAAACCUAAAACAGAAACCACACGCCAACCGAAGUCAUCCGAACAGCCUUCGGCUAACUUCGGACUUCGGAAGCGACGCUGCUCCGUAGAAAAUAAGUCUUCCGACAGCUCAGCUGGAAGCACUCCACCAGCUUCGGGCGCAAGUACUCCUCUAAGACAAGCCAACGUUAUCAACAAAACAGUGAAACACCCAGACAUACCCAUCAUCAGAACAGACUCCUCAGAAUGUAGGAUACCAGAGAAAGAAACGAAUGAAGAAGAAGAACAAAUGUUCGAAGUUGGAGGACCUCGACAGUGCGAACAUGUAGAGAUAUGUCAAAUGUUCUGGACUAAAAAUACUCCUUUGAAGCCAAUAAUACCUUUUGACGAAGAAACAGAGUUCAAAUUGAACGAAAAUCAUAAAUAUCUGAACAUUAAUGUUUGGGCGACUGUAGCUGGGGAGAAGGAGGAGAUUUUACUAGGAUACUUGAAUAUACCGCUCACAGCUCUACUGGCUGAAUGCCAGGAUUCCACCGUUCCCCAUCAUAUGAAGAGGUACCAGUUUUUGCCGCCAGAUGUCGAUAUAAAGUUCAGCAAAAGCCACAAGCUUUCAUCUCACGCCGGCUUUGAACCCUGCCUAUGCUUCGGAGAUGCGCUAGUGUGGUGGGAAUGGGAGGGGCUUGGCCCAGCUCGAGCGACCCCUAGGACCAGCCGAGACCCCGUGCUACCAAGACCCCCCAAACCGACGAGAACAAGCCAUGACUUCGUGCGAACACACUUCCACAGAUCUACGCAAUGUGAUUUCUGCAAUAAAAAGAUCUGGUUAAAAGAUGCGAUGCAGUGUCGCAACUGUGGUCUCUCCUGCCAUAAGAAGUGCGUCACAAAAUGCCAGGAGUCUUCACCUUGCAUUCCUAAGGAUAGAGACUCGACGAGUACAAUGAACUGUCCACCUCCGGAGCUGAUCAUGACCGAAGCCGACGCCAUAGCUGACCCUGACUCUGAUGAUGAACCCGAGAGGAAAGACUCCUUAGAUGUCCACGAAGAGGGUGGUGGAGCGAUGAGCGCGCUAGUGGCUGGACUACGGCGCGCCGGUUCUGCCCAUUCCUUAUCUGCGCCCAAAACCAACGCAUCUUCAAGGUCCUUACCACCAUCUCCUAGUCACACACCCAGGAAGCAGUCGCUGGAGUCGUGCAACCCGUUCGGCGCGUGCGGCGCGACGUGGCUGGCGAGGGGCGGCGUGAGCGCCAUGCUGGCGCCGGCGCUGCGCAGCGCGCUGCCGCCGGACGUGUUGCUCGCGGCCGCCAGGGACUCCGCGCCUGAGCUCGCCAGCCGCCUCACCGCCCAGCAGAUACAUGAUAUGCUACAAGCAGUUCGUGAAGAGUUAUCAGCUGAAGACGCAAGCAGCGCGGGCGACGCCAAUGGCGGGGAGCUCCGCGCAUGCGCAUUGACCGCGCUGAUGUUGCACUGCUGUGCGGCCGCGCAACUCGCACAGCAACGCGCCGACAACGCGCCAACUUGA